CAAGCAGACAAGAUGGACGAUCUAUUUGAUGUUUUUGACGAGGCUCCGGUAGAAGUGCCUGAACCUCCUAUCGCUCCAGUCAAUAACCCGGACACUGUGAAGAACACUGCUGAAGUAGUAGAACCCCAAGAAGACUCUGAGUCCCAGAAAAGAAAGUUGGCCGAUGACAGUGCCAGCCACAAACUCAAGAAGCAAACCACCAGAAAACCCAGCAUAAAGGCAGUGGUUUCCGAUGCAUUGGAAAUUGAGGCCUCCCGAGAGGUGGCUAUCUCGGACGGGUUGUUGGCAUCCAAACCAGACCCAAACGGUCAUCCUUCCGGACAGUUGAAGUUAAAGCAUCAAGUUAGGCACCAGGUUGCAAUCCCUCCAGGAUUCCCAUAUGUGCCAAUCAGUGAACACAAACGUCAAAACGACGCCAGGCGGUACCCUUUCAAGUUAGAUCCAUUCCAAGACACGUCGAUUUCUUGUAUUGACAGAAAUGAAUCUGUGCUAGUGUCUGCUCACACGUCGGCUGGUAAAACCGUAGUGGCUGAAUAUGCCAUUGCCCAGUCACUAAGAGACAAACAAAGAGUCAUCUACACAUCACCAAUCAAAGCUUUGAGUAACCAGAAGUAUCGUGAGUUACAAGCGGAGUUUGGAGAUGUCGGGUUGAUGACGGGAGAUGUUACCAUUAACCCAGAUGCUGGGUGUUUGGUGAUGACCACCGAAAUUUUGCGGAGCAUGCUUUACAGAGGAUCGGAGGUGAUGAGAGAAGUGGCAUGGGUUAUUUUCGAUGAAGUUCAUUACAUGAGAGACAAGUCUAGAGGAGUGGUAUGGGAAGAAACUAUGAUCUUGUUACCUGAUAAGGUGCAUUAUGUAUUUUUGUCUGCCACUAUUCCCAACGCUAUGGAGUUUGCCGAAUGGAUUGUCAAGAUCCACGAACAGCCGUGCCAUGUUGUAUACACCGACUUCCGUCCUACGCCUUUGCAACAUUACUUGUUCCCGGCUGGUGGUGAUGGAAUCCACUUGGUGGUGGACGAAAAGGGAACUUUUAGAGAAGAAAAUUUCCAGAAAGCCAUGGCUCAAAUCAGUGAUGGUAUGGGAGAAGACCCUGGGGCAGUAGAUGGGAAGAAGGGGAAGAAGGGCCAAACCUGGAAGGGUGGGAAUAACGAUGGAAAAACAGAUAUUUACAAGAUUGUGAAGAUGAUUUACAUGAAAAGGUAUAAUCCUGUGAUUGUCUUCUCUUUCUCCAAGAGAGACUGUGAGACUUUGGCAUUGAAGAUGUCAAGACUCGAUUUCAACAACGAUGAUGAGAGAGAUGCCUUGACCAAAAUCUUCAAUAAUGCCAUCGGCUUAUUACCUGAGUCCGAUAGAGAGUUGCCUCAGAUAAAAAACAUCUUGCCGUUGUUAAGAAGAGGUAUUGGGAUCCAUCAUUCUGGAUUGUUACCUAUUUUGAAGGAAAUCAUAGAGAUUUUGUUCCAGGAAGGGUUGUUGAAGGUGUUAUUUGCAACCGAGACUUUCUCAAUUGGUCUUAAUAUGCCUGCCAAAACAGUUGUUUUUACGUCUGUUCGUAAGUGGGAUGGUGUUGGGUUCCGUUGGGUUAGUGGUGGUGAGUACAUUCAAAUGUCGGGUAGAGCUGGUCGUAGAGGUUUAGAUGACCGUGGUAUUGUCAUCAUGAUGAUCGACGAAAAAAUGGAACCCCAAGUGGCCAAAGGAAUGGUCAAGGGCCAGGCCGACAGAUUGGACUCAGCCUUUCAUUUGGGAUAUAAUAUGCUCUUAAAUUUGAUGAGAGUUGAAGGGAUUUCUCCCGAAUUCAUGUUGGAAAGUUCAUUCUUCCAGUUCCAAAGUGCUUCUUCUGUUCCCAAGAUGGAAAGUCAACUUGUGGAGCUAACCAACCAAUUAUCAACAAUCAAUAUAGACGAUGAGAAUUUGAUCAAAGAAUACUAUGAAUUCAAGGUUCAGUUGAGCAAGUUGCAAGAGGAUUCUCAAAAGAUCAUAACUCAUCCAGGACAUAUAUUGCCCUACUUACAAAGCGGAAGAGUUAUUAAGGUGAAGAUUGGUGACAUGGAUUACGGGUGGGGAAUGGUUCAAUCGUUCAGUAAAAGAGCCAACAAGAGAAACUCAUCUGCUAUUUACAGUGAUCACGAAUCCUAUCUCGUCCAAGUUUUUAUAUAUUCCUUGUUUGUUGAUUCACCCGUCAAUUUGAUCAAAUCCUUCAACCCAGAUUUACCAGAAGGUAUCAGACCAUCCAAAUCUGGAGAACAAUCCAGAGCUGAAUACAUUCCAAUCACCUUAAGUUCCAUUGAGAAAAUUAGCAGUGUAAGAUUAAAAGUUCCAGCGGAUUUCAAGAGCUCGUCUGCCAAGAGAAACUUGUUGAAGACUUUGAAAGACUUACCCAAGAAGUUGCCGGAUGGUAUUCCAAUCAUGGAUCCUGUCAAUAGCAUGAAGAUUGAUGAUGAUGAGUUCAAAACCCUCUUGAGAAAAAUUGAUGUCGUUGAAUCCAAGCUCUUAGGCAACCCAUUACAUGGAUCUGUCAGGUUGGACGAGUUGUACCAAAAGUAUGACAGCAAGGUUAAGAUCGAAACCCAAAUCAAAGCGUUGAAAGACCAGAUUCUCGAGACCAAGGCCGUUAUCCAAUUGGACGACUUGAAGCACAGAAAGAGAGUGUUAAGAAGGUUGGGAUUCACCACUCAAAAUGAUAUCAUCGAGCUUAAAGGAAGAGUCGCCUGUGAAAUUAGUACUGGAGAUGAACUCUUAUUGACAGAGCUCAUUUUCAACGGUACCUUCAAUGACUUGACCCCUGAGCAGUGUGCAGCCUUGUUAUCAUGUUGCGUGUUCCAGGAGAAGGCUAAAGAAACCCCCAGAUUGAAGCCUGAGUUGGCUGAACCACUCAAGAACCUUCAAGAAAUGGCCCUCAAGAUCGCUAAGAUCUCUAAAGAGUGCAAGAUUGAGAUGGUCGAAAAGGAUUACAUCGAGAGCUUCCGUCCCGAAUUGAUGGAAGUUACUUACGCGUGGUGUAAGAAUGCCACGUUCACUCAAAUUUGUAAAAUGACCGAUGUCUACGAAGGGUCCAUCAUCAGAACCUUCAAGAGACUCGAAGAAAUGAUCAGGCAAAUGGUUUCCGCCGCAAAGACCAUUGGAAACAUGGAAUUGGAAACCAAAAUGGACAAGGCCUUGGAAUUGGUGCACAGAGAUAUUGUUUCUGCUGGGUCGUUAUAUCUUUAGAAGUAGUUUUUGUACUAUAGUAACAUAUUAGAAGUAAUCAUAGCCU